AUGCUCUCGCAAGCCCAGCUUGACGGUCUGAAGCUCAAGUCCAAGUUCACUUUCAUCGAUGUCGAGGAGGGCUCUGAGUCUUCGAGUCUCAGGCGUUGCAAGAGCACGCCUUUAAUGACCCAUUCUCAGAGCGCUCAGUGCGAAGACGGCUACCUGGCAGGGCUCCUAGCGGAGGCCAGGGCUCUGACGGAAACCACAGACAUCGCCUUUCCCCCAACACCGGUGCCGCAAAGCAUUGGAGAGGCUUGUGAUCAAGACUCUCUGCCCGGGAGCCUCGGGCAUCCCCAUUUCUGCCGCCGACCUUGUGUCUUACUUGCUUUGGGUCAGUGCCGAAGUGGAACGGCUUGCAAGUACUGCCAUCUUGUCCACGACAACGGCAAGCCGCAGUCAUUUUCGAAGCACAUUCGUGAGAGGAUCCACAGCAUGAAGGGAUCCGCGAAGUUGCGGUUGCUUCGCGAUAGCUUGCAGCACAAGGUGCAAAAAGUUCCGACGCUGGCUUCGCAAGUCGCGGGGCUUUCGGACAUCAUCGAGGAAGGGCUACGUCACGACGCCCCAGAGUCGACAGAAUCCACAGGCUCGCAACUUCACAAGAAGGUUGCCGGCAUGACUGUGUCAGCCAUGCUGGGUGACAUGUUCACCCGGGACAUUGAGCCGGCCAUUCAGCAUCGCCUACAGGAAGAGCUCCGACGUCUCCGUAUCGAAGCCUGA